ACGUUUAAAUUGGAUUACCAGUGAAGUGAAAUCAAUUAGUUUAUUUUACAAACAAAUCAAUUCAUUUGCCGCGUGGUUAUGAUGUUAUUAACAUAGUAAGUAGACGCGAGUGAGACUAUUGGGUGUCGUUUUAAACUAAUAAUAGUUGUUAAAUUAUUUUUUUUAUGUAAUACUUUUAUUAUAAUACACUUUUGGAUUAUUUUAUGCACAUUUGGAUUAUUUUAAAAUAGUGUUUAUAAAACAGUGGUGUUUCAUAUAUCAAGUGCUCAGGUGUUCAGUGUAUUCAAAGUGCGACGGUGAAAAGAUUUCUCUGCUUGAAAUAUUUAUUGUUUGUUUUUUUAAGUUUGUUUGCUGUUAUUGUUUUAAUUUCUGUGUUGUUGUAUAAUUAGUGUGAGCCAUCAUCCCUCUGCAGGAUAUUUUAAAGUGUAUUACAGGGCGAUGAAACUAACAUAGGCGACGGUUAUGUAUCCGAGCGCGGGCAUGAACGCAGCAGCGGCUGCCGCUGUAGCGGCCGCCAGACAUCCGGGUCCACCACAACCUGGACAGCCGUUCAAAUUUACAGUUGGCGAAUCAUGUGAUCGUAUCAAAGAGGAAUUUAAUUUUUUACAAGCCCAAUAUCAUAACCUGAAAAUGGAAUGCGAGAAGCUCGUGCAGGAGAAGACGGAAAUGCAAAGGCACUAUGUCAUGUACUAUGAAAUGUCAUACGGCCUCAACGUAGAAAUGCACAAACAGACCGAAAUUGCAAAAAGACUGAAUGCUAUUAUUGCGCAAAUAGUUCCAUAUCUGGCGCAAGAGCAUCAACAACAAGUUGCCUCUGCUGUCGAUAGAGCAAAACAAGUCACAAUGACAGAAUUAAAUACAAUAAUUGGGCAGCAACAAAGGCCCGAUCUGCCACGAUUGUUGCAGCAAAUGCAUGCCCAACAAUUGCCAGCACACGCCGCCCCGCCUGUACCUAUGAUGCCGCACCCAGGUCUUGCAGCACCUCCUGGUUCAGCUGCUGCAGCAGCUAGUCUACUAGGUUUAGGAGCAUUAGGUGCAGCAGCAGGUGCUGCUGGAGCUGGAGGUGCCCCAGGAGGCGGAGCGGGUGCUGGACCUCAGCAUCCUUUAUCUAUGCUUGCGAAACCAGAAUUACACCGAGCUGAUGAGAAGCCUAAUGUUGGUUUAAAUUCAGCAGACGAAAGACAUAGAAAUUCAAUAUCACCUGCAGAACGAGAAAAAUACAGGCCGCGCAGUCCACCAGAAAACGAGCAUAAAAAAAUGAAAAAAGAAGAAAAAGAUAUUGGUCAUAGUGAUGGAGAAAAGAGUGACCAAGAUUUAGUAGUAGAUGAUGCUUCGGAAGAGCCUGUUUCUCCAGGACCACACAACGGCACAGCAAGUCCACGAGAAAAUGGACAUGGUGGUCCUGGAAGCGCCCAACAUCUCGACAAAUUACCACCUAAGAAAGAACAUGCUUCGCUUGGACCUCAUUCACCUAGAUCAGGAACGUCGAGUAAUGCAUCUACUCCAUCAACAAAGAAAUUGGAUGGUGAUAAACCGCCAACGCCUAUCUCCAAAUCAGUAACUCCGACUAGUGGCGGAUCUAGUGGAUCAGUUGGAGGUCCUGGAGGCUCUGGAUUGAAACCCGUCGUCAAACCGCCUGCUUUGGGGGCCGGCUAUCCUCACUAUUUAGCUACUAUGAAUGGUGUAGGACCACAUGAUCUGCAAGCAGCAUAUGGAGCAGCGAGUGCUAUGCACAAUAAUUUGCCGGCAGCCCUCAAUAAUUAUCCGCGACCACCACUACAGGUGGGCUAUGCCCACCAGCAAAUGCGCGCUCCUUUAGGACCAGCCGGUUUGGGAGCAAUCGGUGGUGGAAAACCAGCAUAUUCUUUUCACGUGAGCGCUGACGGUCAGAUGCAACCAGUACCAUUUCCUCCUGAUGCACUAAUAGGUCCAGGAAUACCUCGCCAUGCCCGUCAAAUUAACACACUUUCUCAUGGUGAAGUUGUGUGUGCGGUCACCAUAUCAAAUCCCACUAAGUAUGUGUAUACAGGAGGCAAAGGUUGUGUAAAAGUAUGGGAUAUUUCACAACCUGGAAAUAAAAAUCCAGUAAGCCAGUUAGAUUGCUUGCAACGAGAUAAUUAUAUUCGUUCAGUGAAACUUCUACCAGACGGUCGUACACUAAUAGUUGGCGGUGAAGCUUCAAAUUUGUCCAUUUGGGAUUUGGCGAGUCCCACUCCACGGAUCAAAGCCGAACUGACAUCUUCCGCGCCCGCCUGCUACGCCUUAGCCAUUAGUCCAGAUUCAAAAGUUUGCUUCAGCUGUUGUAGCGACGGUAACAUAGCCGUAUGGGACCUCCAUAAUCAAACUUUGGUGCGACAGUUCCAAGGGCACACGGACGGCGCCUCCUGCAUCGAUAUCUCCGCCGAUGGCACUAAACUCUGGACCGGCGGCCUAGACAACACCGUACGGUCAUGGGAUCUUAGAGAAGGCAGACAAUUGCAGCAGCACGAUUUUAGUUCGCAAAUAUUUUCAUUGGGAUAUUGUCCUACGGGUGAAUGGUUAGCAGUUGGUAUGGAAAAUAGUAAUGUUGAAGUGCUCCAUGCAUCUAAACCAGACAAGUAUCAAUUACACUUACACGAGAGUUGUGUAUUGUCGUUGAGAUUUGCUGCUUGCGGCAAAUGGUUUGUUUCAACAGGCAAAGAUAAUCUUUUGAAUGCUUGGAGGACACCUUAUGGUGCCAGCAUAUUCCAGUCGAAAGAAUCAUCCUCAGUUCUGAGUUGUGAUAUAUCAGCUGAUGACAAAUAUAUAGUAACUGGUUCAGGUGACAAAAAGGCAACAGUCUACGAAGUUAUCUAUUGAAUAUGUUGCAAAAAUGAAGAAUUAUCCUAUCAAGGAAAAUGUCAUUAAAUCUUGGUUGGAUUUAUUUUUGCAUCUUUGGAAGUGUUACGUUGACAUGUGUCUACUUAUAAAAUUGACUUGUUUUGUUAUGUAAACUUUUAAUUCUAUAUUGUUAAACAAUUGUGAUAAAACAUACAAUAUUAUGUAUUGAUGUAAUGGAUAUAACAAUUGUGCUGAAGACAUUGUGUCAAAAAUAUAUUCAGUGAUAAGUACAUGUGCUGUACAUACCUUAUUCUCCAUGACUUGUGUUGAAAAUAUAUAAAAAUUUUAAAUGCUACUUUUUGCAAAAUUAUAGAUAUUAAUUAGCGUUUAUGAAAAAUAUUAUGAAAAGGUUUAAAUUGAAUAAAUAUAAAGCAUAUACUUCAAAGGAAAUGUUCCUGUGCACAGACUAAUAGAAUGGAACACAGACGAAAUUAUAAAUAAUAUUAGUUUAAGAUGCAUAUUUGUGUAUAUAGUUAAAAGUAUGUGCUUUGUUUAUGUAAUUUGUAUUAUCUUUGCAACCUUAUUAUAGCAAUUUUGAACGCAAAUAACGGUUAUUCAAAUGGGUUUUACAUUAAUGAAUUGCAAAUGAAAUUUUGCAACAUUACAAGGCAACGGA